AUGCCUGGUCUGAGAUGCAUGUCUUCUGAAACCGCUACCCCCUUCGAAUCUGUCAUCGUCUGCGUUUCGGGGACAAACAAGGUCGGCUUCGUCCGUGAUUUAUGCAGGGGUUGCAUUCAUCCAGUUGGUGGCAGCUUGGGGAGAACUCGUAUGGCUAUCCUGGGGCAAGACUUUACUGUCAUGGCUGAGGUGAAUCUUCAGAGUGAGCGUGUUGAGGAACUGAAGGAAAAACUCGCUGACGCCUUCCCUGAGUACUUGAUUGGGGUAAAGCGUACACUGAAGGAAGUGACUGGGCAAGAUACAGGGACUCCUACACUCCGAAGGCAGCUGAGGAUAUGUGGGCCGGAUGAACACAACAUCCUCGGGAGGUUUUGCGAGUAUCUCGCUCAGAAGGAUAUCGACAUUCUGGACCUCAAGUCCGAAGUUGUGUCCGGAUCUCAUAUCGGGUAUGAUGUGUUCGAUACGACUAUGACCAUCGGCAUUCCGGUAGGAGAGGAUGCGGCAACGGAGCACUUGCAGCAAGAGCUGUCAAAACUUGGUGAGCUUUGCGAGAAGGUCAUUCAUGUGUACUUGUCUGUUGUGUUCGCCAGGUUUUCGGGUUCUGACGAGGCUUUCGCUGGAAAGGACGGCCUUCGUCAGCAGUUGCACAAGUUAUUGUUCGACCUAGUAGCAGAGAAAUGUCGAGUGCAGCGGAUGUCAGAGUUGGCAACAUGGGCUACUAUGGGUGACACGGCAGGGAGGGGGCUGUUGGAGAAAUAUAACGAGGCUGGGCAGAGUCUCUCCAUAGCAGCUGAGAGAGCCAAGGACGGUGGAGUCUCGAAUGGUCGCAACAGCAAGUCGGCACCCAUUCACACUACUGUCGUCUCCAUAGGAGACGAUGAUAGUGUGGAGGUUAUUAGAAUAAUUCCCGAGGCGCAGGGGGUACUGCUGACUGAUAUUGAAAGGCUUUGGUAUGAUAAAUACGGUAAGAAUUUGCAGCCUGUGCUGGAGCUCGCUGGAUAUAGGAAUACGAGCCGAUUUAUCCAUACGUGUCCAGGACUGCCGAGGUGCCGAGGUGGCCAGAAGCAGCAAGGGUUCAUCAAGACUCCUAUAUGCUUGGCAGAUGGCAUCCGGACUGAUAUCACUGAGUCCCCAGUCAGCGAGGCUAGAGUGUCUCGUAUUUAUGCUAAUAGCGCUCCCCCCUCCUCCCCUUCGGCGACCCCAGAAUCUACUGCGAUGCUCGGAUUGCACGGCAUCACUGGAAAGAAUAUCAGUGUGGACCUGAUAUCAGCGAUUAUCACUAAUUUCUAUGGAGGGGAGAAACAGACUACUACGAGUAGAUCAGCGGAGCGACUAUCUUGUACGACUGAUGCUGCUGCUGCCGAGGCUCUCUUCGGGCUAUUGACGUUCUUUUGUGAUGGUACCCCCGCCGCUACUACAGCGUAUGGACAGUGUGGCUACGCUGACAGCGCUGCCGAUAACAGCAAUAGCUUCUUACAGCAGGUGAGAUGGUACUGA